AUGAAGGAAGCUAUUCCCCCGCUAGGGCUGCGCAUGGAGUUUCGUGAGAAAUUGUUUGCUUGGAAGAAAAAGCAGAGGAAUGAAUUGAUAAACAUCAUAGUAGAAGAAGUAAUCAGCAGUAAUGUUACUCUCCGAGCGCACGACUUUCCCGUAUUAAUUAAUGAAAUUGUUGGUAUUUUCCCGAAUGAAAAAGCCGUUGAGGAGUACUAUUUUAUACCUAGAAAUGGACGAAAAAAUCCAAGCGGUAAGCUGUACGCUAAGUACAAAAACAGAAGGUCAAAAAAACAUAAACUCACCAUCGCGGAUACUGAAAACAAUGACUCCGAUAAACUUUCUUCUACCGAACAUUUCCGAUCUAACAGUGCCCUCGUAUCUGAAGUUGACAAAUCAACUCUUCUGGCGUUUAAAACGUAUUUGAGCAGGGAUAGCUCUAAUUGGAAUGAAGUACGCGACAAAUGGAAAUUAACUUAUGGAAUACGUCAGCAGGAUUUAAAUGAAAUGGAAAGCAUUGAUUUUUUAAAGUCUUGGCCCAAAUUAUCUGAUUCCAGAGCACCGGAGUUGGUAAACGAUUAUCAAAAUUGA